GGGAGGAGCUCAGUGCGUGAUCUUCCAGCCCAGCGCUCUCGGCAGCACAUUGCAAGUAUGGCCGGCGACUCCGAAACACACCUCCGGGACCAGGGCGACCAUACCGACGUAAUACGACAACCUUUUCUCAUCGGUGUCUCCGGGGGCACCGCCAGCGGAAAGUCGUCCGUAUGCGGCAAGAUAAUGGAGCUGCUGGGCCAAAACAAGAUUGACCAUCACCAGAGGCAGGUGGCCAUCCUGAGCCAGGACAGUUUUUACAAGGUGCUGACCCCUGAGCAGCAAACCAAGGCGCUCAAGGGCCAGUUCAACUUUGACCAUCCAGAUGCCUUUGACAAUGAGCUGAUCAUGCAAACACUCAGGGAGAUCCUGGAAGGGAAAACGGUCCAGAUCCCAGUUUAUGACUUUGUCACUCAUUCCAGGAAGGACGAGUUUGUCACAGUGUAUCCGGCCGACGUGGUUCUCUUUGAGGGCAUCCUGAUGUUCUACUCUCAGGAGAUCCGAGACCUAUUCCAGAUGAAGCUGUUUGUCGACACGGACCCGGACACGCGCUUGUCUCGUAGAGUUUUGAGAGACAUCGGUGAGCGUGGGCGGGAGUUGGAACAAGUGCUGAGUCAGUACAUAACCUUUGUGAAACCAGCCUUCGAGGAGUUCUGCUUACCGACGAAGAAGUACGCCGACGUGAUCAUACCCCGCGGAGCAGAUAACCUCGUGGCCAUCAACUUGAUAGUACAGCACAUCCAAGACAUUCUCAACGGCGGCCCAAACAAGCGGCACAACGGCUGCGCCAACGGCCACGGCCCCCCGCGGCAACGACGGACGUCCGAGUCCAGCAGUCGGCCGCAUUGACCUCGCCGCACCUCUCUUCUCAAAGCGAAGAGGGGUGACGGGCCAGCGCUGUAAAUACUACGAAUAAUAACGAUGCCUUUUGGCGCCACUGUAUUUAAGACGAGUGAAAGCAGAAAAGAUUUGCGCCAAGAAUCAAAAGGCCUUUUUAUUAUCAUGACUCCUCCUUGCUAUGAGUUCCAUUCAUUCUAAUGAUUUGAAGUUUGGCAUUCACGUUUAUGGCGGGAGGGUCAAGAAGAAGCGCUUAGUCUCAUGAAGACCUUGAACUUGUAUGGACCCACGUUAUUUUUUUUUUUUUCUUGCAGGUUUAACUAUGGUUUCCAUGUGUCCCCCCUGUGGCUUUAUGAAAGUUCAUGCUGAUUAUGAAUAAAAGAGGGGAGAAGAUUUUUUUUUUUAUUUUAAUUUCUGAUAAAACUUGAACCUGAUCAAUGUUUGGAUGUGGGCUCCAAAACGAGGUUGGCUAAACUCAAAUUGCACUUUGUAUUUGUAUGACAAUCUUAGUAUUGUUUCUUUUCAGUGUUCCCCUGUCUUGUGAAGUGUGAUGUGUAAAAUCCACAGCAUUUGUUUACGCUGCCCUGUUACAUUCUUUUGCCGCAGCAGAAACGACGACCUUAGCGAAGGCUGAGUUCAUACCUCAUCGAUGGUGCCAAGAUUCAGGGUGAUAGCUUGCUAUGGCAGGGCUGUUACAUAAUUGGACAACUUUAAUUGGCUGCAAUAGGAACAAGAAUAACGUGUUGCAAAAUAAAGCUUGGUGGUUGUUUUUUUUGCAAAAUGAUAUUGCAGGCAGAGCAUGCUCAGGUUACUAAAAGGGUAAUUGAUGCAGCAGCAAUAGCUCACGUGGCUGCAAGCUACUGAAAUCCACCACAAUGCCUCCAUGAAGUUGCCUCAGGUUAAUAUGCACAUCAAGUAUCCACGUCACUUAGUUGGACUUCAGAUUACAAUGAAACAAUCCGUUUUUUUUCCCCCCCUUCCCUAUUCUAUAUUUAUUUUUUAUGAUCCAAUUAUGCUGAAUAAUGCCACUGGAUAAUACUUGAAAGACUUUUACAUGGUGACGUCAUCAAUCCUCAUUUCAUAACGGUCAAUAAACUGAGCUGACCAAG